GUAAAGCUUCCCUACUGCUUUGCAAAAUCUCAUGAUAUCCUGUGUCUCUCUCUCUCUCUCUCUCACUCUCUACAAAAUACACAUACCCAGCUACUUGUCUCUAUCUCCCUGCGUCCGUCUCUCAGUUUUGUUGCUGCGCAUGUAUCUAUAAUGGAAAGCAAACCAGUUCAGGUCUUCUAUCAUCUUGCUCUAUCAAUUAUUCUCUUCAUACUGUUUGUUUUCGUUCCUGGAACCGAACAAGAUGGGUUUUCAACAGUCAAGACCGAUGCACAAGCACUCUUAAUGUUCAUUAAGACGAUAGAGAAGGACCCUAAUGGAGUUUUAUCAGGGUGGCAGCUUGAUCGGAAUCCAUGCAACUGGCAUGGUGUUUCAUGCUCUCUAGGACGAGUGACUCAACUUGAUCUAACCGGGUCGGGCCUUGCAGGGGCUAUCUCCUUCGACCAUCUGGCUUCACUAGAUAUGUUAUCUGUUCUGAAAAUGUCUUUCAAUCCAUUUACCAUAAAUGCUACUUCUUUGCUUCAGCUUCCAUAUGGUUUAAAACAUCUUGAUCUAUCUAGUACUGGUCUUUCUGGUUCUGUCCCCGAUAAGUUUUUAUCGAAAUGUCCCAAUCUGGUUUUUGUCGAUCUUUCGCUUAACAAUAUGACGGGUUCGUUACCUGCCACUCUAUUAUUGAAUUCCAAUCAACUGCAGGUUCUGGACCUCUCCUUUAACAACCUUACCGGGUCAAUUUCUGGCUUGAACAUUGAGAAUUCUUGCAGUUCGUUGCUGCAUCUAGAUCUGUCUAGAAACCGUAUAAUCGGUUCCCUCCCAAACUCCCUCUCGAACUGCACUAGUCUCAACAACUUGAGUUUAUCUGGCAAUUGGCUCACAGGGGAAAUCCCAGGAUCGUUUGGUCAAUUCAGGAGUUUACAGAGAUUGGAUCUAUCUCAUAAUUAUCUCACUGGCUGGAUUCCACCAGAAUUGGGACUUGCAUGCAAUUCACUUUUAGAACUUCAGCUUUCUAAUAAUAAUAUUACUGGCUCUAUUCCAGCCUCCUUAUCUUCUUGUCCUUGGUUGCAGCUUCUCGAUCUGUCUAAUAACAAUAUAUCUGGUCCGUUACCCGAUUCCAUGUUUCGGAAGCUUGUCUCGUUGGAGAACUUAUUGUUGAGUAAUAACGUAAUUUCUGGAUCCUUUCCUGCUUCAAUAUCAUAUUGCAAAAGAUUACGUGUUGUAGAUUUUAGCUCCAACAGGAUUUCUGGGGUGAUACCGGGAGAUAUAUGUCCAGGAGCUGCCUUGCUGGAGGAGUUGAGAAUGCCGGAUAAUCUCAUCGUGGGAGAAAUCCCCGCCGAGUUAUCACAAUGCAUGCAGCUGAAGAUCAUUGAUUUCAGCCUAAACUUUCUCAAUGGCUCAAUUCCGGGAGAGCUUGGGAAGCUUGAGAAUCUUGAGCAACUAAUGGCAUGGUUCAAUGGGUUGGAAGGGAAGAUCCCAAAAGAGUUGGGCAAAUGCAGCAAUCUCAAGGAUGUCAUUCUCAAUAACAAUCAUCUGAGCGGUGAAAUUCCAGUUGAAUUGUUCAAAUGCAGUAAUCUUGAAUGGAUAUCGCUCACAAGCAAUGGACUAACAGGUGAAAUCCCCAGGGAAUUUGGUCAAUUGACAAGACUCGCCGUGUUGCAACUUGGAUACAACAGCUUGAGUGGGCAGAUACCAAGAGAGCUUGAAAGCUGCAGAAGUUUGGUUUGGCUGGACUUAAACAGCAACAACCUUACGGGAGAGAUCCCUCCAAAAUUUGGAAGACAGCCAGGAGCAAAAGCAUCGAGCGGAAUUCUAUCUGGGAACACUUUGGUAUUUGUACGCAAUGUCGGAAAUUCUUGUAAAGGGGUCGGAGGUUUGUUGGAAUUCUCCGGAAUUCGACCUGAGAGACUUCAGCAGGUCCCGACGCUGAAGACCUGUGAUUUCACGAGAUUUUAUUCUGGUCUGGUCCUAAACCGCUUUACAAACUACCAGACUUUGGAGUAUUUGGAUCUUUCUUACAAUGAGCUUCGUGGUGAAAUCCCCGAAGAAUUUGGAGACAUGGUGGCGUUGAAAGUUCUUGUAUUAGCCCACAACCAGUUAUCGGGGGAGAUCCCCUCCUCACUAGGCCGACUCAAAGAUUUGGGCGUGUUUGAUGCAUCACAUAACAGAUUGCAGGGUCAUAUACCUGAUUCCUUCUCAAAUCUAUCAUUCUUAGUGCAAAUUGAUCUGUCGAGCAACGAAUUAACAGGACAAAUUCCAACAAGGGGACAGCUCAGUACACUUCCAGCAAGCCAGUACGCGAACAACCCAGGACUUUGCGGGGUUCCAUUACCAGAAUGCCAGAAUGGCAGUGACGAACCAGAUACACCUCCAAACGGGGAUGAGAGCAGAAGAAGUCGAAAGCCAACGGUUGCACCUUGGGAAAAUAGCACUGUCUUGGGGAUUUUCAUUUCAAUUACUUCUGUCUGCAUUCUGAUUGUCUGGGCAAUUGCAAUUUGUGCUAGACGGAAGGAGGCAGAGGAAGUCAAGAUGCUUACUACCUUGCAAGCAUCCCAUUCAGCCACCACGUGGAAAAUUGACAAAGAGAAAGAGCCAUUGAGCAUUAAUAUAGCAACUUUCCAAAGGCAGUUGAGGAAGCUCAAGUUCUCCCAACUAAUUGAGGCCACCAAUGGCUUUUCAGCAGAAAGCCUUAUUGGGUGUGGAGGAUUCGGAGAAGUGUUCAAGGCCACGCUGAAAGAUGGGUCAAGUGUUGCAAUCAAAAAGCUUAUACGAUUGAGCUGCCAGGGUGACCGAGAAUUCACGGCCGAGAUGGAAACUUUGGGGAAAAUCAAGCACAGGAAUCUUGUGCCUCUAUUGGGUUAUUGCAAAGUGGGCGAGGAGAGACUCCUUGUGUAUGAAUUCAUGGAGUAUGGAAGCCUUGAAGAGCUGCUUCAUGGUAGAACUAAGGCACGAGAUCGACGGAUUCUGACAUGGGAGGAAAGAAAAAAGAUUGCGAGAGGUGCAGCGAAAGGACUCUGUUUCCUACAUCACAACUGCAUCCCACACAUAAUACACCGGGACAUGAAAUCAAGCAAUGUCCUACUUGACCACGAAAUGGAAGCCAGGGUUUCGGAUUUUGGAAUGGCAAGACUCAUUAGUGCACUUGACACCCACCUCAGUGUAAGCACACUUGCAGGCACACCUGGAUACGUCCCCCCAGAGUACUACCAAAGCUUCCGAUGCACUGCAAAAGGUGACGUCUAUUCGUUUGGGGUUGUCCUCUUGGAGCUCUUGACAGGGAAACGCCCAACUGAUAAAGAGGAUUUUGGAGAUACAAACUUGGUGGGGUGGGUGAAAAUGAAAGUUAGAGAAGCCAAUGCAUUGGAGGUGAUAGACCCAGAGUUGCUUUCAGGGACAAAAGAAACUGAUGCAGCAGAGGCAGAAGUAAAAGAGAUGGUAAGGUAUCUGGAAAUAACACUGCAGUGUGUGGAUGAUUUCCCCUCUAAGAGGCCUAACAUGUUGCAGACGGUGGCCAUGCUGAGAGAGCUGAUGCCCGGAUCAGCCAGCGGAAGCAGCAACAGCGGUUGAACCAAGGGUUUUUUGUAUUGAUUAUGAUUAAUGUAUGAAGAUAAACCUAUACUACAACUCUUACCCUCUUGCUUUGUUCCUUAAUUUCUUCUUUUCAGUCAGAGAGCAUACAUAUAUCGCGACUUAAUAGCUAA